GACAUCGGGACAAGACCAGUUUAGAAGCACACAGAUUUGGCUCUUCAACUCUUGAGCUCCAUCCAUUUCACCGGAAACACAAGCAGAGUGAUUCAUGAUGGUCUCAAUAUCGGCAUUUUCGUCUCUCCUCCCGUUUUGCUCCACUCGUAGAAUUGCCGGUCCUUCUCCGUCCUUGGCUUUUCGAAAAUUCCACUCGCAGUCUUGUAUUAUCCCCACUUCAACUUUCACCCUUGGAGCUCUGAAACAGCAGAGAAGUAAGAAUCCUAGACUGAGAUUGGUGAAGGCGGUAGAAGAAGAAACCGAGGUUCCACAGCAACAAGACAACCCACAGGGAGAACCAUCAACGUCUGAACAGCAACCUGUUGUAGUUCCCGUUUCCCCAUCGGAUACUCUUAGCAUGUUCUUUCAGGCUGAGGGAACACUGAGCGAAUCAGCCAUUCCAGCGGUCACCAAAGCCUUAGAGGGGAUGGAGGGUGUUACAGAUUUGAAGGUUCAGAUUGUUGAGGGAAUUGCGAGUGUUGAGUUGAAAAAACAGACUACAGUACAAGCUACAGGUGUGGCUUCGGGUCUGGUAGAAACUAUACAGGGUUCGGGCUUUAAAUUACAAACAUUAAAUCUGAGUUUUGAGGAUGAAGAGGAUGCAGCUGCUUAGACUUAAUGUGCUGUACUUAGAGGGUGAAAACAUUUCAUAGUUUCCAGAUUAUAGCCUCCUGCAUCCAUUACAGUGUGGUUAAGCCAAAGUAGUGGUGUUGAUUAUUAUUAUUAUUAUUUGUAAGCCGAGGGAGCAGCCAAAUCAUUUCAUUCUCAUGUGAGCUGUUAUCUAAAUGCAGGAUGUUGAUUGUUUUGUAAUUGCACUUUUAGUAGGCAUUAGGCUAGCAUAUCUCUCUCUGAUAUUGCACCAAUCCGUGCUGGUAAUGCAUUUCUUGUUGACACAAUCUCUCAGCUAAAGCAAAUUUAGAUAUCUUUGUGAGGAGGUUAUUUUUUA